UCGUUGAUGACGUCGGCCCGUGGCGUUUGCUGAUGACGUCGCCGGCGACCUGGAACCACGAGCGGGGAGACAUGGGAAAAGCAAAGAAAACGAGAAAAUAUGCAACUAUGAAGCGAAUGAUUAGUUUACGAGAUACAAGAAUAAAAGAAAAAGACAGAGCAAAAUCUCAGAAGACGAUAAAAGAGGACCCCAGUGUCCUGAAAGUAAAAGAAGUGAUAAAGUAUCCUUCUUGCCUGUUUUUCCAAUAUAACACACAGCUGGGCCCCCCCUACUACAUCCUAGUUGACACCAAUUUUAUCAACUUCUCCAUCAAGACCAAACUGGACAUUGUGCAAUCGAUGAUGGACUGUUUGUAUGCAAAGUGUGUUCCCUGUAUCACAGACUGUGUGAUGGCAGAAAUCGAGAAGCUGGGACAGAAGUACAGGGUCGCACUCAGAAUAGCAAAGGAUCCACGGUUUGAGCGAUUACCUUGCACACACAAAGGAACAUAUGCUGAUGAUUGCCUAGUGCAGCGAGUCACACAGCACAAAUGUUACAUUGUAGCAACAGUGGACAGAGAUCUCAAGAGGAGGAUCCGGAAAAUUCCAGGGGUUCCUAUUAUGUACAUCUCUAAUCAUAGGUACAACAUUGAACGGAUGCCUGAUGACUACGGUGCCCCCAGAUUUUGAAAAGGCAGUACUACUCUACUUGCACCAAACAAUUGGCGUUGCGCUUUAUCAGAUGAAAUGCAUUUGCCUCAGUACAUUUUGAAUAAACACUUGGCUCGUGCAUGCUCUACA